AUCGUUCGUUUGAGCAACAGCAUCCUUUCCACGAGCCAUGGGGAACUUGCUAUCAUUCGAUGAUGAAAACGAUGGUGAGCUUCCAAGUGCGAUGGCACGAGAACAGCUGCAGCAGCGACAGCGGGCACAGGUCCUGCUUCUGUCGCAGCUGAGACAGGAGACAGGCGGUCCAGCGGCCUUGGGGCUUCGUCCCAUGCAACAGCCCUCGCUGCGACAGACGCAGGUUUUCAAGAAUCCACUGCAUGUCCGCGCCAAGAGUGUACAGCUGAGCUGUGCUCAGAAUGAUGAAGUCGGACAGUGGCAGCUCAGCUUCAUCUUUGAUGCCCUCGUGUCCUGCGAGGUCCUGGUGCAUGUGGGCCGCUGCAGCGUGGAAGUGCGACAAAGUUUGCAUCCCGAAGGUGAGACUGGGACAGAUGUGGUGGUGUCCGAGACCAGUGGCGAAUAUCGUUGGGUCUCCAGGCCUGUCCAAUUCCGUGAAGGUCUCAACCAGGAGUUCCGUGGACCCAUCGAGCUCGGGGACUUCGUCGCCGAGGCACAGCCGGAGAAUGUUCUGGAUACCUUCAACGAAGGCUUGCGUCCUCGUACCCAAGGCUUUUGCAUCGAACUGAAAGCUGUGAAGUCAAGACGUAGUUCCGUGAGCCGGGACAGGCAGGUUCCAUCGCCGCAGCGCUCGCGGUCGCAGAGCACGGAGGCCCGUCCCGGCGACAAGCCACGACGACGGCCCAGUGAAGAUGAUCCAACGAUGGCCAGAAAUGAUGAUGCUAGCCAAGGAAGCCUCGCUGCCGAAUGGACCACGGGACGCUUCGUGCGCAGGGACUGUGGCCAGGUGAGUAUGGACAUGGCCGAAAACCCUGCAGAGGUCGUGGAGGCGAAGAUCCUGUCGCAAUCGGUGAAACUUCCCGAUAACUCACUGGCACCAUGCUACUCCAUGUACGAGGUCUACGGCGCAGACCCUUCGGAGGGCAGCAAUGGAGCUGAAUGUGCCAUUUGCAUGUCCGAGCGUCGCGACACGGCAGUGCUGCCGUGCAGGCACAUGUGCCUUUGCAGUGGCUGCGCCGAGACCAUGCGGACACAGAUCCAAUACCAUUCCUACAGGUGCCCCAUUUGUCGGGAACGCGUCUCCAGCCUGCUGCAGAAGCGACCUGAGAGUUGAGUCUCUACCGCGGUGGGCUUUUUCAACCGGUUGAGGAGUACCUGAGAGUACCCCAUAAGUUUAAGUUUAGGGGAAGAAAAGAAUCGGUGAUUUUGAGCGUUGUUGGGUGGUGGUGUUCUUUUCUUUUGGCAUGUGAAACAUGGAGAGUGAUGAACAUGCAGUUUUUGCUGACAUAUGAC